AUGAGUACUUGCAGCAUUUUGGACCGCCUGGCGGCCCUCGACACUAGCACCGUGUCGGAUGCCUUGGACUUUCUCCACCUCAAAGGAGCGACAUACGGCCUACGACCCCUCUGGGACUGCCCCAAGAUUGUCGGACGCGCCAGCACAGUCAAGGUCGGCCACAAGACAGACUCGGUGGCAACACCACACCCAUUUACUCCGGUCAUCGAUGCAAUCACAACGGAUGACCGCGUUCUCGUCAUCUCCAGCGGCCUAGAGGGAGUCUCUUGCUGGGGCGACAUCAUCUCCAAUGCCUCCAAGGCAAAGGGGAUUCGCGGGACCGUCAUUGAUGGCUGGUGCCGUGAUAUCAACGGCAGUCAAGAAGCUGGCUACCCCGUUUAUGGCCGCGACGUGACCAUGAUCAGCGGGCGGAGUCGUCUCGUGCAGCUGGCGUCUGGCACGCCCGUGCAGAUGCGAGGAGUCACUGUUCGGGAAGACGACUAUGUUAUCGCCGAUAUCUGUGGAACAGUAUUCAUUCCCGCUGACCGCAUCGAGGAGGUUCUCGAUCUGGGCGAACGAAUUGACCGCCGUGAGACACUGAUGGUCCAGGACGUUCGAGCUGGGAAGCCCGUGUCGGAGGUUAUGCACGACGCAAAGUUCGAAGCCAUCCACAAAGAAACAUUGUCCCUAGCAGCAGCGGCAACGGCUGCGCAUUCCAAGCAAAAGGUCAAGAGCGCCAGUGCCCAAGACCAAGAGCUUGUUCGGCUGUUCGCUGGUCUCGACUCCCCAGCGGUCUCUGACGCUCUCGAUAAACUUGGAAUCCCUGGGCAGGCAUUUGGAAUCAUGCCAUUGACGGAUUACAACAAGAUCACUGUCGGUCCGGCCUUUACUGUCCGUUACGUUCCGGCCACCGACCCGCCUGGUAGUGUGGGCGACUUUAUUGAUGAUGUUGCUGCGGGUGAUGUUGUGGUUAUCGACAAUGGCGGUCGUACCGACUGCACGGUCUGGGGCGACAUCAUGACCCAGUACGCUGGCUUACGCGGCAUUGCGGGAACUGUUAUUGACGGGGUAUGCCGCGAUGUGAAUCUCGCCAUCAAUGAGCAGUAUCCUCUCUUUAGCGCUGGCCGGUGGAUGCGGACUGGCAAGGACCGAGUGCAGGUGGGCGGGGUCAAUGAGGCUAUUGGGGUCGGCAAGGUUCAUGUCAGGCCGCGAGAUAUUGUUGUGGCUGAUGCCAAUGGUGUGGUGAUUGUGCCACGAAACCGGGUUCGUGAAGUAGCCCAAGUUGCGCGCAACAUUGAGGAGAGCGAAGCCGCCAUUCGUGAAAUGACCAGCAAUGGGUCGACUAUUGCCGAGGCACGCAAGACGCUCGGUUAUCACACCUUGCAGCGGAGGGGUUAG